GGCUCCUGUGGGCGAGCGCGGACAGCCUGGCAAGAGAGAGCCCUAGAACGAACUGUGCCGAACGAAACGUUGGAGCAACCCCUGCGAGGCAGCGCGAGCGUCGUUGCCUGGAAAUGCCGGCCAUGGGCGCCCGGUCGUAAGGGCAGUGCCACCGAACGACAGAGUGCCUCCCGUGCUUCCGCUGGGCUCCGACUCGCCCUGGCCGCCAGUGUGCCGUCAUCGGUGCGUCGUCGUGCAUGUGACUCGAGGCCGCGUCUGUUCAGGGUUGAUUUUGCGCGUCACCCUCGGGUUUCGCUCUAUCGGGAAGGGAAAUAUAAUGCGUUUUCUUUUUCACGAAGUGUGCAAGUGUUUACAUUUCCUCUGUGCGCGUAAAUCAUUGUGCUGUGACGGUGUUUACCUGUCUUUGCUUCCCAUUGCCUUGUGUGAGUGCACAGCCUUUGAGGAAAAUAAGGCAUAAGUGAGUUUGCUGUUAUUUGCACUUUUAUGAAAGCUCAUGUGAAGUCAUCAAUUUACGACGAAGAGUUGCCGGGCAAGGAGUGAUGGUGAAGAUGGGGGAGGGGGAGGAGGUGCCCCCUGCCCCCCUGCCCACUGUCACCCUCACGCCCACGCCCCUCUCCGACAGCAUGGGCAUCCCGCCCUCGCCCUCGUCCUCGUACUCGGCGUCGGGCCCUGUGUCGCCCGCGUCCUCGGUCAACUCCACGGGAGACGCCUACGCCCACGAUGAGCAGCGGCGCCACUACUACCGCCCGCCCGCCCACCACGGCUACUGGGGCGGCGGGCGGCACCACUCGUCGUCGUCGUCGCCGGGCGGAGUGGGCAGCGGGAGGGGCAGCAGCCACCACAACAACAGCCACAGUCACCACCACCGCCGACACUCCCCCCAUCACCACCACCACCAUCACCACCACUUUCACAACAACAACAACAACAACAACAACAACAACAACAAUAACAGCAACAACAGCUACCAGAACAGCUCGGGCGGCCAAGCGCACCACAACCACAGCCACUACCACGGCCACCACCAGAACGGCUCCUCGGGCCUGUCCCACCACAGCCACUACCACAACACGGGCGCCGACCACAUCUACCACUACAGCAACACCAACGGCUGGAGCUACUACCACCACGACGGCCACUACCCCGGCUACCACAAGGGCGGCGGAUACCACGACAGCUACCAGGGCUACCACGUGGGCGGAGGCUACUCGGGCGGCCGCGGGAGGCACAAGUCCUUCUCGAAUAGGGAUGACUCGUGGGCGUCCUCCCUCAGCGUGGGCGGUGGGGGCGGAGGUGGCGGGAGCAGAGGGCGCGGGGGGCGCUACAAAUCCAUCUCGCCCACGCCCUCUAGGUCCAGGGGCGCCUCCCCCCGCCCGCACGGCAACAACCACGCCAACAGCAGCAACCACGUCAACAACUCGUCCUCCUCCAAAGGAUUCUCGAGCACCAUGGCGACGCUGGAGGACGAGCUCGGUUCCGUCACGGUAGAGGUGGGCGGAGGGGGCGGCCUGGUGGGCGGCCUGGUGGGCGGCCUAGUGGAGGACGGGUUAGGCGUCGGCCUGUGGGAGGAGGGGCAGCACGUCGUCCACCUCCACAUUAACCCCGGGACCACCGUCAACUUUACCACCGACGACGGACACGUUCAGAGGAUAGCAGGUGAGGCCCCGCCUAUGAGGAAUUUUCCAAACUGCCUCUUCACCGUCGACGACCUGGAGAUUGUACGAAGUUUAAGGCUGUCUCUUACUUGUCGACGAUCUAGGGGCCGUGACGAGCCAGGCGCGGGGGCAGGGCGGAGGGCUUUGCCGAGUGCCGGUGCUUUUGCCAAUGCUAUUACUACGUUCGCUCCCAGAAGUCACCAUGACCAGGUCACCAACAGCCUACGGCCCCCCAGGGCUGCCUGGCUGGACACGCGACACCGCACUCAGCGCUUACCUUACGUCAAAUUCUCAUGUGUUUCCUUUACUGUGUUGUACUCCUCUAUGGAAAUAAAGAUGCAGGCCGUUACACAACUAUUACCGCCCUGCCGGCCACUUUAUUAA